AUGGAUCUGAAUCACGAUGUCUCGGGUCUGAUGAUGGAGGUACCUGUCGGCAUCGAAAGGGACACCUUCGGCAGAGAACAUCAUCCGCGACGCCCACUUCUGCUUGAUACCGUCAUGGAAGGCCGUGAGAAGGCGUCUCGCAGUAGAUUGCUUCAGCUGCCAGCCGAGAUCCUGGCCGAGGUGGUCGACUUGUUGACCGACGACAAGGCGGCUCUGGCUUCCCUCGCCCUGGUCAAUAGUGAUUGCCGACAGCUCGCCCGUUCCGUGCAGUUUGCCGAGAUCCGCUUCGACUACAGUCGUCACAAACAGGAACUCAUGUUGGAACUUGCACGUGAAGCCUUCAACUCCCCUCGGAAGCUCAGCAUCGGCGCCUGCGUGCGCAGAUUCACCUUCGCGUCCGAUCCCAGGCACGUUAUAGACGUCCACCUUGAUCUGUACGAUUCAAUCUGGGGUGACGCUUAUAAGUACUCCGAAAAGCAACGCGAGGGUUUCCGAACAGAGACCAACGACUUUUAUCGGAAACUGAGAGCGCUUACGGUGCUGCCUAUUACCGUCACAAUGCCCAACCUUGAAGUUUUCGUCUGGGAGGACCGCUUCUCGCUCGAUGAAUCCUUCUUUCUUGGCGUGUCCCGCUCUUCAAUCCGGCACCUCAAGAUGAGCAAUGUUUUUAUCGAUGAUCCCUGGCUGAUGGAAGAGCCUCUGACUCCCAAGACAUGGCCACUUUGCUCUCUGGAUGUCGACAUUUCUUUGGCAUUUCGGUUUCAGGACGUGAUUGACUCAUACGGAGAUGGCCAGGAUGUGCAGACAACAGAGCCGAUAAACCCGAUAUCUCCUUUCUUCAGAACACUCUUCCAGCUUUGUGCUCCUACGCUUGAAUCACUGAAGUGGACAACGGUGGAUAUCUUGUCCAAGGACAACAUUUCAUUCGGCCGCAAUCCCAUCUCGUUCCCGCGUUUACGGCGUCUGCAGCUUGGCUCUCUAUAUCUUGAUGCUACCGGGUUCUCACUAUUCAUGUCAGCUCCGCUCCGGCAUCUGGAGUUGUCUCCCAUGGUUUUGACCCAGCACGGGGGCUCUCUGCCUGCUGAUGGGACAGUGCGAGAUCUUAGCAGCUUCGUCGUCGACGAUUUACCCGUUGAGAAGAAGCCGUGCAUGCGUAUCGCCAAGUUUAUCAUACAAUCUGACCGCCUCCAAAAGCUUUUCGUGCAUGAGUGCCAUGAUGCACGCAACGAGAACGCUCACCUUGACCGCUGCAUUAUCCCUCUGCUUACACACGACAAAUUCAGCCAUCUUCGUUCUCUGUCUUUGGCAUGGGGCGGAGGCAGCAUACCAGCACAUGAACUCGAAAUUCCGGUAACAGCGCUUGCAGCAGUUGGGGCGCUUGUGUCGCUCGAACAACUCAGCCUCGGUUGCGGCUUGAGGAACGGAUGGCGAACUCAAUGGCUUGUUAACCACCCGCAACUGCGCGCCUCCCUUCAAGGUCUACAUAGACUUAAGAAGCUGGCACUGGUUCGCGACACCUAUCCAAUCCCUUCGCCUGACUUUAACGCUGUGGAUUAUUAUGCGCGACGAAUGGUCAUGGCCGAAGAGCGCGCUGAGGCGGAAGGUCGGAUGGAAUUGGAACCGGAUGAGCCUGGUACUCGCAACAACCCAGAAGUCGAGAUAUGGGAGAGAGCACAUCGAAACCGUAUGCUCGACCACGCUGAGGCAUAUGCUGCAGUCCUGCCAGCGUUGGAAUGGAUCCUUUGCGGGCAGCGGCCAAUGGCACUCGAGCGAGAUGAUGAAGGCCGGACCGACCGCUUGAAGGCAGUCCCGUUGACUAAAUGCAGGGAUGAUUGCGAUAGGUUUUUGAAAGAAACCUUCGGACUGGCGACUAAAGACGACUAAAAUUCGGAUAUUGAUGGCAUGCUUCAAGAAAGGACACACUAGGUAAUCAGAUGGCGGGUCAAUCGGGUGUGGAUCCUGCUUCUGGUCAGUGUUGUGAUUCAGAAUACCUCCUGCCCCUUCUUUUCUCUCCUACCAUCGGGGAGCAGGAAUUAUAUCACGGCUCGCCCUCGUUGUGGUUUAAGGGAGUUUUUA